AUGCCGUCGCAUGAUACCAUUGAAAAGUCCGUCGCCGCGCAAUUCCUCCACACCGAAGUCUCCCGUCUGGGAGCGCAACCGGGCCUUCGUUCGCUACCGCCGGGUCCGGAGCGCGAUUUCCUGACUCUCACCUGGGGCCCCACCGUCUACCGAACGACCUACGCGCCUGAGUCGCACCGUCUCCUCCCCUUGUUCCUCCGUGCGCUGAACGAGGCAAUCCAAACCGCGCUGCACCGUCUUCCGGGGACACGCGAAGAAAUCCAUCUCCUGGAGAAAACUUACGCCUCAAAGGUGUUCAGCGCGCAAGACCAGUACCAGGACGUGGGCGAGGACGUCAUCCGCCAGAUCUUUCACGACUGGAAAGUCUCCCUCGCAUUACCGUCUAUCGAGCUUCCGGUGCGUCUGCGGCUGUGCUUGAUCGUGGAUGAUGCGGUUUUGGCUUCGUUUGCAAAGCAGGUGGACCUGGCUGCGAAGGAGGGGCAAGAUGCGCAUACUUCCGGGUGUCCGAUAAAAGUCCUCGAGGAGAACUUUCCCGAUUCGCAUCGCAGAGAUUCCAAUCCGGCCUCCCGGGAGCGUAUACAUGGGUGGUGGGGAUUGGAAAGCAGAUCGGAGACGGUGGCCCCUAUGGACCGUUUUGUAUCCCGCAAACGACCUCGGUCCCCAUCCCCAUCCCCCGUGUCCUAUCCGGACGGCAUCCCGCCACCGGACGAUGACUCGACCGACGUGAAGCUCGCACAGCUCGUCUCCCUCUUCCCAGAAACCACCCAAGAUCUCCUCCUGGACAUCCUCGUCGCCAGCGGCGGCUCCGUAGACCGCGCCGCAUCCACACUCACCUCGCAGCGCGUCUGCAAAUCACCCACCAAACGGGCCACGCCAUCCACACCCGCGGUGCAGACCUCGCUCGCCGCACACAUCCAUGUGCUCCCGCCGGCACCAGGGACGGCCGCUGCGCCGUCCCCGCUGAAACGGCAGCCACUGACCCGCAAGGGCAAGACGCUGCAUCUGUUCGCGCCGGAAGACGUCGCAGCGCACACGCCCUGCACGAUCAUCCACAACUUCCUUCCGGCGGCGCAGGCCACCGCGCUCCUGCGCGAGCUGCUCGACGAGUCGGCCCAUUUUGCGCGGUACCGGUUCCAGCUCUUCGACCGCGCCGUCGAGAGCCCGCACUCCGCCUGCGUGUACGUCUCCACCGCCGACGAGUACAGACAGCACACGUCCGAGUACACGUACGGCGGCACGUACCGCUCCAACGUGCGCCAGAUCACGCCGCAGAUGCGCCGUGUCUCGGGCGCCGUGCAGCGCGCCGUCAACGAUGAGGUCAGCAAGCGCAUCCGCUCGCACUACCCCGGUGGCAAGAAGCUGCGGUACCAGUCGCCCAAGGAGUGGAUGCCCAAUGCGGCGUUUGUCAAUUGCUACGACGGGCCGGCGGAGAGCGUCGGCUUCCACGCGGACGAGCUGACCUAUCUGGGGCCCCGCGCGAUCAUUGGCAGUCUGAGUUUGGGCGUGGAGCGGGAGUUUCGCGUGCGACGGGUGGUCGCGGACGAUGCGGAUGAGGGUGCUGAGGUGGGGGAGACCUCUACACUGAAAAACACACAGGCCUCCUCAGAGUCGCGUGCGGACGCGCAGGGCCAAAUCUCCAUCCAUCUACCCCACAACUCUCUUCUCAUCAUGCAUGCCGAGAUGCAGGAAGAGUGGAAGCAUGCGAUUGUCCCGGCGCAGACCAUCUCGCCCCAUCCGGUCUCCGGAAACCGCCGCAUCAACAUCACGUACCGAUGGUACCGGGACUCUCUUCAUCCGCGGAACACGCCGCGCUGUCGGUGCGGGAUGCACGCCAUCCUUCGGUGUGCGCAGCGCAAACGGGAGUCCCGCGGCCGGUACAUGUGGAUGUGCUAUGCGGGGUUUGCGCCGGGAAAGAAGUCCUGUGGGUUCUUCCAGUGGGCUGAAUUUGAUGACGAUGGGGAGCCUUUGUGGGAGAAGAAGCAGGCGGAAGACCGUGCUCCUAUAUUGAGGAACUUUGUAGAUGAAUCUUCGGAAUGA